AUGUCCACGGAGGACAUCGUCCGGGCCACCCGCCUCCUCGACAACGAGGUCCGCGUCCUCAAGGACGAGCUGCAGCGGAACAACCUGGAGCUCGAGAACGUCAAGGACAAGAUCAAGGAGAACCAAGAGAAGAUAAAGCUCAACAAGCAGCUGCCCUACCUCGUCGGCAACAUCGUCGAGGUCCUGCCUCACCUGGUGGUGGAGGUCCUACCUCACCUCAUAUCUGCUCUUAAUGAACACGUUCAGAUUACUACAUGGACCAACCCAGAUUAUCCAUUAGGCGAUAGAUAUAGUACCUUGGCGUCGUCUAGACCGCGGCGUCAAUGCCCGCAGUAUUGGAGCGGCGGCAGCGGCGGCCAAGCUGGCGCGGCAUGCUGCCCUGGAGGCCCCAAAGCGGCGAGAACUGAUAUUUUCAAGGUUAUAGUCUGCCAGGUUGCUGAUAAAUAUGUUGACUUCAGAUGCAUUUUUACUUGGAAAUCUACUAAUGUAAUUUAUCAACUGUUUCAGAUAUUGGAAAUGAACCCUGAAGAUGAGGCUGAAGAGGAUGGCGCUAAUAUAGAUCUGGACUCACAGAGGAAAGGAAAAUGUGUUGUUCUUAAGACAUCCACAAGACAGACUAUAUUCCUUCCUGUGAUCGGGCUAGUUGACCCUGAUAACCUCAAGCCUGGUGAUUUGGUUGGAGUCAACAAGGACAGCUACUUGAUAUUAGACACGCUACCUUCGGAGUAUGACUCUCGAGUAAAGGCAAUGGAGGUAGAUGAAAAGCCUACGGAGGAUUAUAAUGACAUUGGUGGCCUUGAGAAAGAGAUUCAGGAACUUGUUGAAGCUAUAGUGUUGCCAAUGACACACAAGGAGCAAUUUCAGAAGUUGGGAAUCCGUCCCCCGAAAGGAGUUCUCUUAUAUGGACCACCUGGGACGGGAAAGACGUUGAUGGCUCGUGCAUGUGCUGCACAAACCAAUGCAACCUUUCUGAAACUUGCUGGUCCGCAGCUAGUCCAGAUGUUCAUCGGUGACGGGGCAAAGCUUGUCCGAGAUGCCUUUGAGCUGGCAAAGGAGAAGGCCCCCUGCAUCAUUUUUAUUGAUGAGAUUGAUGCAAUUGGAACAAAGCGUUUUGACAGUGAAGUGAGUGGUGACAGAGAAGUGCAACGAACUAUGUUGGAGUUGCUGAAUCAGCUAGAUGGAUUUAGCAGUGAUGAGAGGAUAAAGGUGAUAGCUGCAACCAAUCGUGCAGAUAUUCUCGAUCCUGCUUUACUCCGUUCUGGUCGCCUGGACAGAAAGAUUGAGUUCCCUCAUCCGACGGAAGAAGCAAGAGCUCGGAUUUUGCAAAUUCACUCAAGAAAGAUGAACGUACAUCCUGAUGUCAACUUUGAGGAGCUGGCUCGUUCAACUGAUGAUUUCAACGGUGCACAGCUGAAGGCUGUUUGUGUGGAAGCUGGCAUGCUUGCUCUACGCAGGGACGCUACAGAGGUGAUCCAUGAAGAUUUCAACGAAGGCAUUAUCCAAGUGCAAGCAAAGAAGAAGUCCAGCUUGAAUUAUUACGCUUAG